AGUAAAAUAAAAUAAAAUAAAGUGUGCAGUCGUGCACAGGCUAUGUAUGUAGUAUGUAGGCAUAGAUUAUACACUUAAUAUACUUGAUAUGUAGGUAUGUACGGUACCUGCGGUAAUACCUAGUGUUUAAAAUUUAAAUACUUUUUGAAUAUAAAAAGAAAAAGGAAUCGGUAGUUUUUAUUUUCUAGAUUCAGUGCUUAAAAAAUAAUUUAAGUGAUUUGUUAGUGAUACAUUAGUUCAAAGUCAAAGUUCAUGUCACAAUUAUUACUCACUAUUUAAAUUGGCUUUUGCUAUGUCCCUAAAAUAAUUAUUUUCCCUUUUAAUCAACAUGUUCUCCAGAAAGUUGACUAGGAUCAUAAAAUACGGCUUUUAUGGUGGUGUUGCUGUUGGUGGUUGUGUAACUGCUUUAAAAUUUCAUGAUGGUGAUUAUAAUUCGUUAGCCAUCGUCAGAAUCACGAGGACAGCAUGUACUGCUGUGGACAUAGGCAGGACUUACCAGUCUUUGUUGUACAGCAAAGAUUGGGAUAGAUCGUCCCCCGAGUAUUUAGAAGUGAAGAAACAAGCUCAUCAAAUUGGGGCAGAGAAACUGCUUGAAUUAUGCAAAGCUAACAAAGGUGUGUACAUUAAAGUUGGACAGCACGUAGGCGCGUUAGAUUACUUGUUGCCUACUGAAUAUGUCAAAACAAUGCGUGUUUUGCAUAAAGAUGCGCCUCAAAACACAGUCGAAGAACUAUACAAUGUCAUCAGGGAAGAUUUGAAAAAGGAUCCAAAGGAACUGUUUGACGACUUUGAACCUGAGCCUCUGGGCACAGCGUCACUAGCACAAGUUCAUAAAGCAAAAUUAAAAGAUGGUACUGAAGUUGCGGUCAAAGUACAACAUCAUUUUGUGAGGAAAAAUAUUAAGAUUGACUUAAAAUGGAUGGAAUUUAUUAUAAACACAAUGUCAAAAGUAUUUCCUGACUUCCAAAUGCAAUGGCUAGUGGAUGAAACGAAGAAAAACAUUGCAAAAGAGCUGGAUUUCCUGCAAGAGGGUCAAAAUGCAGAGAAGGUAGCUGAAUUGUUCAGUAAUUACAAAUGGCUGAAGGUUCCAAAGAUUUUCUGGGAUUACAGUACAGAGAGAGUGCUGGUCAUGGAAUAUGUUUACGGUGGACAAGUUAAUGAUGUUAAUUAUAUUGAUACACAUAAAAUCAACAGAUAUGAUUUAUGUAAGAAGCUUGGUGAUCUCUACUCCCACAUGAUCUUCAUAACUGGUUUUGUGCACAGUGAUCCACAUCCAGGGAAUAUACUGGUUAAAAAAGCUCCAGGAGACAAGGAUGUAACAGUUUAUUUGCUGGACCAUGGGUUAUAUGCUCAACUUUCGGAUAAAUUCAGAUAUCACUAUUCAAAAUUGUGGCUAUCCAUUAUAGACAGAAAUCGUCAAGAAAUGAAAGUACAUGCAGAGCAGCUAGGUAUUCGAAAUGAAUUGUAUGGUUUGUUUGCUUGUAUGGUAACGGGUAGACCUUGGGAUUCUAUUAUGAAAGGAAUUGGCAAAACUAAGCCAUCUUCAGAAGAGAAAUCAACUUUUCAAAACGAAUUGCCUAACAUCCUCCACCAUAUCACUGAUUGCCUGGAGCAUGUGGACCGGCAAGCAUUAUUGGUUCUCAAAACCAAUGAUUUAAUCCGUAGCAUAGAAUAUGCUCUAGGAACACAAGAGAGAAUGUGUGGUUUUGUUGUAAUGAGCAAAUGCUGCAUACAAAGCGCAUAUAGAGAAGAAAUUAACAAAGAGAAGUCUAUAUUUAGAAGACAAUACUUAAAUUUAAAAUUUAGUUGGACCAUGCUGGUGCUUUACUUGUACAGUGUAUAUUUAAAUUUAUGUGAUACAUUAAUUUUAUAAAAAACAUUCUUUCUAAAGCCUAUAUAUGUAGUGAGAAUUGACUAAUUUUAUAAGCGUAUUUAUAUAAAAUGAUGUAAGUAAACUUUUUAGGGUAACUUAUUGCUGUUCUCCAAAGUUAAAUCAAAAAUGGUAUAAAAAUAAUAAAUUAGUUUACACAUGUAAUAAAAGGUAUAAUUGUGUUCUUAAAUUAAUAAUAAAAAUGUUAAGGUGCUUGUAUGUAUUUGUUCUAAUGUUUUUCAACCAAAAUAGUGAGAUGCUACUGAAUUAGUUAGUCAAUAACUAGUCUACAGGAUGAUACCUCAUUUGUAAUGGUAGUCUACUUUUUUAAUAGAAGCAAACUGAGAUUUUAUUUUGUAUAAUGACCUAUAUGUGGAUUCUUAUGUAUAUUUUUUUCCGUUUUCCUCUCGGUCCCUAUCUGUUAUACAUAGACAACAAUUUUUUUUUAAAUAAUUAAUUGUCUGUAAAUUUUAUCUUAUACAUAGUUGCGUGAUCUGUAUUCGUUCGAGCCAAUGCUGAAUUUAAAUGUUUGUUUUGAAUCAUUGAAAUUAAUUAUAUCCAGCUUUUGUCUUUGAAAUCCAAAUUAAAAAGAGCUGUACAUAUUUUGUUAUUGUUAAGUUAUAUACCUAGGAUAGAAUAAACUACUUUGAAUAUGAA